UUUCGCUUUCAUUUCCCUGGGAUCUGCCCCGCACUGCGAAACUGCCCCGGUGUCAUGUUGUGGGGUCGGGAAGAGCGGUGGGACCCCCAGUGGGACUCUACCUGGGAGGAGGAGGAGGAGGAGGAGGGGGAGAUCCCGGAGUCGGACCUAAAGGGAAACUCCAGGCGGGGGGCAAGUCGCAGUGCCAGGGCUGCCAGGGACCUGCAGAACUAUCGGCACGGGUAUCCGGGUAAAGAUCGGGACAGUGAGUAUAUGGAGUUUAUGCCCAAUCUGGAAUUCUACCAGAACCGGAUCCCCUUUCAGCCAUAUGGGGAUGAUAUAGAUACGAUGCUUAGUGACUGGAGGGGAGAUUAUGUCCGACUGGAAGAGAACCAUUCCUAUAUCCAGUGGCUGUUCCCGCUGCGGGAGGAGGGAGUGAAUCCAUACGCUGCGCCACUGACACUGCGGGAGAUUGAGGCACUGAAAGGAGAUAAGGACGCCAUGAGGAGGUUCCGUGAGGCCUACAGGCUUAUGUUGGACUUCUAUGGCAUAGAAUUGAGGGAUGAGGAUUCUGGGGAAGUUGCCCGGGCCCCAAACUACAAGGAAAGAUUCAGUAAUCUCAAUCGCCGGGGGCACAAUAACCUGCGGAUCACACGGAUACUGAAGUGUUUGGGGGAACUGGGCUAUGGGCGCUUCCAAGCUCCACUCGUCCGCUUCUUCCUGGAGGAGACGUUGGUGCAUAAGGAGCUGCCCAAUGUCCGACACAGCGCCUUGGACUAUUUCAUGUUUACUGUGCGGGACAGAGAGCAGCGCAAGGAGCUGGUACUAUUUGCCUGGGAGCAUUUCCCACACAGAGAGGGGUUUAUAUGGGGGCCCAGGAACUACUUCCAAUAUAGAGCAGCAAAGAAUGCAGAGAGCAGCGCUGACCAGGAAAUCACACAAGAAAAUAGUGAGACACCAGGCGAGGGGGAAGGGAAUUGUGGGAACUCAGGAAGAGGAAGUGUAAAUGAUGGGCAGAAAGAUGCUGGGGGGGCAGAAGGGGGCCGUAGGGGAGAGUUGGAAAGGAAGGGGGCAGCAGAAGGUGAGGGAACUAGUAGAGAUCCGUCAGUAGGUUCUGUGUGGACGGAAGGGAACAUUGGGGCAGAGAAUAUGGAGAAUGGAGCAGCAGGAAGCUUUGGUGGAGUAGAUGAUGGAAAAGAGUUGAAACUGGAGAUUAAACCAAGUAGAGCAGGAGGUGCUGGGGAUGGAGAUAAAGGAAAAGAGUUGGAAGAGGACAGAAGGGGAGAGGAUACAGAGGCUGAGGGAGCAGGAGGUGCUGGUGAUGGAGAUCAAGGAAAAGAGUUGGAAGAGAACAGAAGGGAAGAGGGUGAGGAGGCUGGGGGAGCAGGUGUCAGGAACUAUAGGGAUUCGAACCCUGGACUUUGUGCGGAACUCCGGGUGCACAUGCUUACUGAGCCACAGGGGCAGGAGGUGCUGGUGAUGGAGAUCAAGGAAAAGAGUUGCAAGAGGACAGAAGGGAAGAGGAUACAGAGGCUGGGGGAGCAGGAGGUGCAGGUGAUGGAGAUCAAGGAAAAGAGUUGGAAGAGCACAGAAGGGAAGAGGGUAAGGAGGCUGGGGGAGCAGGAGGUGCAGGUGAUGGAGACCAAGGAAAAGAGUUGGAAGAGCACAGAAGAGAAGAGGGUACAGAGGCUGAGGGAGCAGGAGGUGCUGGUGAUGGAGAUCAAGGAAAAGAGUUGGAAGAGACAGAAGGGAAGAGGGUACAGAGGCUGA